CAAAUACAUAUGUUAUUUACAUUUUUUUUCUUACUGUAUAAAAUCAUGAAUUUAGAUUGCAACUUUAGCAAUGAAACAAAAGAGUUUUGAGACACAAAUAAUGAAACGAAUUUUCAAAGGAUAUUUUAAAACAGUUUAUUGCACAUUUCAGGCACAUCACUUUAUGAAAGAAAAGUAUACAAAAAUUGUUAAAGUUUAUCUAAUUUUACAGACUAACAUGAGUACCAUGGAUUAGUUUCUCCUUGGAGUUGGUGGGAAUAUUUGUCUAACUUGAGUCUAAAGUACAAAUUUAAUAAUUAUAAUUUUUUCCAUAAGGUAUUUUACAUAUAUGUAUAAUUCAAAUUGUCUAUAUAAAUUUUUGUUGCAUUUGGGUAUCAAAUCAAAGCCAUUUUUUAUGAACUGUUUAGUAAAACUAAAAUAACUUCAUUUUUGAAAAAAAAUUUGUGGGUAUCAUGUGUAAAAUGUAUGAUAUAUGUAAAUGAGCCCUGAGGAGGGGCUCUGCAGUUAUAUAUAUAAGAGUGGCAUAGUGGAGCUCAGAACCAGUUUUUCCUUGGAGCCGGUGGGAAUAUUAGUCUGACUUGAAUCAAAAGUACAUGUUUCAUUUAUUAACAAUAAUUAAUUUUUUUAAUUAAAAAAUAUUUUACAAUGCUACAUAUAUCUUACAAACCAAUAUGCAUGUGCUUGCUGUGUUUUUUUACUUGUGUUAAACUUGAAUCUAGUAGUGAGCCAAAUAGACUUGACAGAUACAUGACUUAUGAGGAGAUAAAUAAAUAUCUAGACAACAUACUAGCCAACAACAAUGAUACUACCAACGAAUUAAUAAUUGGAAAAAGCUAUGAGAACAGAGACAUAAGAGGUAUAAAAAUCAGUACCAAUAGUAAUAUUACGGAAGCAGAUGUAACAAUUUUAUUGGAUGGAGGUAUACAUGCUCGAGAAUGGGUGAGCACUGUUGCAGUUCUAUACACAAUCAGUCAAUUAUUGGAAAAUUCAUCAAAUUCUGAUCUCAUAGCAAAUGUACACUGGUAUAUUUUUCCAAUGCUCAACCCCGAUGGAUAUAUUUUCACUAUGGAUCCCAAUGGGGCUAUAAUUUAUCCAUGGGGAUUUACAGAUCAGCUUCCCGCUGAUUGGGAAGAAUUAGAUAAAUGUGCUAAAUUAGCAGCAGAGGCUAUGUCAAAAGUGAAUGGUAGCAUUUACACAGUCGGUCCUACAACAACUACUGUUGGUCCUGGAGCAGGAGGCAGUGAUGAUUGGGCAAAAGGAGUCGCGAGAAUAAAAUAUGUGUAUACUCUGGAACUUCCUGGCCUGAAUCAUCCACAAGGAGGUUUUGCUCCGUUGGAGUCUUCCCUUGCACCUAUGAUACAGGAAACAUUUGAGGGCAUUAAGGCUUUUGUGAACUAUUUGAAGUACAAUAACAAUCCAUAACUAUUUUGGAAGAUAGUGGAAUAAGCCAGCAAAAACAUGUGCAAUAUUUAUUUAAUUUGUAAAUAAUUAUUUUAAGAAGUCUAUAUGUUUCUGUUCAGUUCGAUAAGUACAAAGUAGGUUAAGUUCUCUACUAAUAUAUGAGUAUUUCAUUUAUAAGUGGGUAUCAUUUCAUGAUCCUUUUAAGAAAUAAAUUCAACUCCAAAUCACAUUUUUUUAGAUAUGAUGAUUAAAAUGAUUAUUUAGGUAUGAAGUGAAAAAAAUUUGUUUUAAAAAUAAAAAAAUGAAAGAAAGAAUUAACUAUUUGCCUUUGUUCCAAAUAAAAUCACGUAUGUUUUCAAUAAUAUUAUUUUAAUUGUUCACAAACAAUAUGAUAUUUAAAUAUCUCUCAAGUCAAUUGUCUGAAAUUAUAAAGGCAUUGUCAUUAUUACUUACUAUUGUUAUAAUAUAUUAAUAAGACUGAUUAUAGGUGCAUCCACUAAUUUGAUUAUACCUAUGCUUUUUAUAACUCAUGGUCAUUAUUAAAUGUAUUAGAUGUUUAAUACUAAUCCAUUUUUUUUAUCAUUAUUUCUUUUAUAUUCAUGAAAUUUACAACUGAAUUAAAUUAAAAUACAAAUGGUGGAUGUGAAAAGAUAAAUAUAAUGACAUGAAAAGACUUAUAGAGAUAUUACCCAUUGGCAGCAAACUAAUAAAAUUUCUACAGUAGGAGGUAUAAAGAAAGCCAUCUUCUCUACGGAGGACUGAGAGAGUUAUCAGGAAUUGAAGAAGAAGCAAGAUUAGAAAAGAGAAGGUUUGGAUGGUUCUGGAGUUUAUUAUAGAGUUACCUGUUUUGAACCUAGUGGACAACAUAUGGAAGAUUAAGGUCAUUAUGGAUGGUUUUAUUUGUGACAAUGCAAGGAGCAUUGAGGAUUUCAUGAAGGAUUGAAUAAGAGAGGAAUUAAAUAGUUUCGUGCAGGCGCCUCCAAUCUCAAAAGCCUGUCGACUAGAUCCAAUCUAUAAUGCUCGCAAGCACUUCCAAUCCUGAACGUGAAAGUUUCUUUGGCUAUAUAGUAAAAUAUUGAAAAAACUACUAAAGAUACACGAACUUUAGCAAAUUACUUAUACUAGAGGUUACUACAACAGUUAUAGCAUGGAUUUUUCUCUUAGUUUAGUCACAUCUUCUCGCAAGAGAAGGUUGAGAGGUACCGCCCCAGCUAGAAUCUGCACUGUUUCAUGUGAGAUAAAACUGAAUAUAGACUUUCAGGGUCAAUUAAACAAUUUUUUUGUCUGCAGUUAUUUUAUGGAUCUAUUUUUUAUAAAUACUUAACUUUGAAGAACCUCUUAGAUUGUGAGAACAAAAUUCUUGUUCAAACUCUGGUUGUUAUUAGGAAAUCCAAAUAUUGCAGAAUUUUUUUUUUAAGGCUAAUCAGUGAAACAAACCAUUUCAUCAAAUUAUUUGCAUACUAAACUGCUAGAUAUUUAAUAUAAUUUUAGUGGUAAAAAAUACUCUUGACUGUAAAAGGCUUAUUGAUUUAAAAAAUAUGUUAUUGCUUAAUUUAUUAAUUAUUUUAAAUAAAAUAUAAAAAUGAAUCUAUAUUCUUCUAACCCUAUUUAAGCUCAAGACUUUCUAACAUUUUAUACGUAACAAUGAUUCAUACAUUAAGCUCUUAUGCAUUAUGUUUUGAUACAAUAAAAUAUUUAUGUUUAAAUGAAUAUUUGUG